CGAACAGCUCGAGAGUUCUUCUUCUUCUUCUUGGUUCAUCCAGAUCGAGAGUGAGAUCGAUGAGGUCUGCAUCAUCACCUUCGUUGGCUAAAUCCAUAUUUAGCCUUGGAACUCCAACCAUGAUCGAGAGAAGCAACUCCACGCCUUCCGCCACUCCGGCGCGCCCGCCGCGCAGCCCGCUCGGCGUCGACGAGGAGUACAGCCAGGCCUUCCGCUCCAAGUCCUUCCUUGACCUCUGGUCUCACGCGCACCACCACCUCACCCACACCCUCUCCUCCUUCAAGCUCUCCUCCUCCAACUCCAAGCGCGGCACCGGUGGCAGGGAAGACGAUGCGGCACUGCACGCCGACCGUUGCGACGGCGGCGGCACGCCGGACACCGCGGAGGAGUCGUGCUCGUACACCGUUCUUGAUGACUUCGUCCUCGAGCCCAGCCCGGAGUUGCUUGCGCGAGCCGGCACUCGCCAGCAUCGGCGCCGGCGCCGGCGUCACCGCGUGGACACGCUGCUGCUUGAGUACUUCGACGUGACGCAGGAGGCGUGCGAGGCGUGCUCCCCGCUGCUCGCCGCUGUCGCCGCCGCGCGGCGGCACCACCUCACGCUCCGACGGCUGCUGCUCCGGAUCAACGGAGGCGGCGACGACUCCGACGCCAGGGAUGCCCUCGCGCGGCACGUCCGACUCGACAACCCGCUCUCGCCGGGCAGCCUCUCGGAGUUCCACGACGUGCACGCGCGGUGCUCCCCGCUGGCCUCGCGCCUCGCCUCGGCGCAGCGCCGGCUCCGCCGGCUGGCGCGCGUGCUGCGCAUCGCGCGGGGCACGGCCACGGCGGCGCUCGUCGGCGCGUGCGCGGCUGCCAUCGUGGCCGCGGUGGUCCUCGCCGCGCACGCCCUCGUGGGCAUCGGCGUUGCCGCCGCGGCGUUCGGCGCCAGCCCCGCGCGGUGGUGGACCAGGAAGGCGGCGGAGAAGGUCAGCUCGCGGCACUACGCGCGCGCCGGCGCCACGCUGGACGCGGCGGCGCGCGGGGCCUACAUCGUGGGGCGCGACCUCGACACGGUGAGCCGCAUGGUGCGGCGCGCGCACGACGAGCUGGAGCACGGCCGCGACGUGGCGCGCAUCGCCAUGCGCGGGCACGGCGAGCGGCCGCUGAUGCAGGAGGUGGCGAGGGAAGAGGAGGAGUGCGAGGAGGACCUGAGGUCGCAGCUGGCCGAGCUGGAGGAGCACGUCUACCUCUGCCUCAUCACCAUCAACCGGACGCGGAGGCUGGUGGCUCACGAGAUGACGCGCGGGUUGCCGUCACCGUCGCCGCCGCCGCCGCCGACGACGACGGCGACGUCCCAAGAUUAA